UACUUUCCGACGGUAUCAACAGCUCCAAAUGCGGCAAAUGUAUCCAAAUAAACAUUUCUUGCUGCAAACCUUCUGUAUGAUCGUCGCUCUCUUUGGGUUGUGUGAAUAUUUGAUCUAUUAUCUGGUGCAGAAGAAUUGCACAUACGCGGAUUUAAAGGAAGAGAAUGUUGAUUCAGAUAUUCCCUUAUAUGAGGAGAAACCAGUUCGAGUUAUGGUCUUGGCAGACACCCACCUCUUGGGGUCAAGACAUGGACAUUGGUUUGAUAAAUUACGUCGGGAAUGGCAGAUGUACCGAGCUUUUCAAACCGCCAUGACUUUACACAGUCCAGAUCUGGUAUUUGUUUUGGGUGACAUCACUGAUGAAGGAUUAUUUUGCAGCAAGGAUAAGUUUGAGUACUAUGUCAAGAGGUUUUAUAGUCUAUUUUCUGUUCCAAGUGGGACCAACAUGCAUGUGAUUGUAGGUAAUCAUGAUAUUGGCUUUCAUUAUGGUAUAAGCCCAUAUUUGAAUGAGCGAUUCGUGAGUGCUUUUAAUUCUCCGCCUGUGUCGAUGUUUUCACUUCGCGGCAAUCACUUUGUGUUGCUUAACAGCAUGGCGCUGGAAGGCGAUGGCUGUUUUCUAUGCAGGCCUGCUGAACAACAAAUAACAAAAAUCGAACAAAUUUUGAAAUGCAGUAAAGGUAUUAACUAUGGGAAAUGUGAUAAGAUUGCCAAAUUGAACAAGUUUAGUCGGCCUAUAUUAUUACAACAUUUUCCAUUGUACCGGCAAUCCGAUAUGGACUGCAACGAACCGGACUCUGCACACAUGCCUGUAAAGAAAGAGAGAUUUCGCGAGCGUUGGGAAUGUCUAAGUCAGGAAUCAACAUUUCAACUCUUGAAUCAACUGCAUCCUCGACUAGCGCUUUCCGGACACACACAUCAUGGUUGUGUGCUGCCACUUGCUAAUGGCGAGGGUUUAGAGAUCACCGUUCCCAGUUUUAGUUGGAGAAAUAAGAAUAAUCCAACUUAUUCCUUAUUUCUCUUCACGCCGAACAACUACUCAUGGAGCCGAUGCCACAUGCCGGAGGAAUCGACUGUGAUACGUAUAUACAUGAUCGGCGCCUUUUUGAUUUUAGCUUGGUGCAUUUAUAAUGCGUUCGUGCGUACUCGCCGACACAAGUACAAAUUGCACUGACGAUGGUCAAAUUGUCGAUAAUCUUCUCCAAAGAUGAACACAUUCCGCUUUAUGAGUUGAGUUGUUGAAAACUCACAAUGCUUUCAAAUUUCGCAGUGGAACAAACUCUAAUUGCAAAGCUGAUGAUAUUCUCAAAACUUUAAGCACAUAUAACUUGCUAUAAAUAAACCAAAACAAAAGUUAUUUACAUACAUUCUUACGUGUUUAUGUAACGCGUGCAUGUAAACGUGACUCGAUGUGAACGUAAAUGUAAGUCGAUGUGAUUAACGUAAUUUGAUAUCAAAAUACAGCAGCAAUACACGCA